AUGGGGUCGGGUGCAUAUCAUAACAGCAUAUCACCUGUGGAAACGAAAACAACGUCAGAUACUGCAGAAUAUCCAUCGUCGUCGGCUCCAGAAACUGAACCCAGCGAGACUGUCCCUUCCAAUCAAGAUACACAGGUGCCCAGUCACGAAACAGACUCUGCUGGACCUGAACCUGAACCUGAGCCUGAGCCUGAGCGUGAACCUUUUGUGGGUGAUAAUGCUGGCACUGGGGAUAAUUUUUGGGGUGGGGUAGUCGCUCAACUCAUAGAACAUAAAGAAGUCCCCCGUAAUUCCCCUGAUCAGGCUAGCGAUGGCCCAUCGUCUCAGCAGCAGCCAUUGAUGACAAUUUUAUCAUCGUCACCAUCAACAACAACAACAACAACAACAAACCUUUCUUCCCCUCCGGAGCCAUCCAGGCAAUCCACAAUCUCCAUUCCUCCCCCCCAAACCAGCUCCUCCUUUUCAGACUCAAUCUCCCAAGCCAAGAAACAAUAUGACAGGGCUCAUUCUGUUGCCGGCGCCCAUAACUCUGGAACACCAGAUGAACACGUCAUCGUGUCCAUCGAAUCCGCAUACCCAGGUUGCCUUCAACACGCAAGUGAAAACCUCGAACCCCAUCUCAAAGCCCCAUCAGAAUACGCAAGAAUUCCCAUCACCAACGCCAUCACCAUCCCCACUCCCACUCCACCACAAGAUGAUGGCCUCCUCUUAAUCGCAUCCGCAAAACUCCAAUCCAGCCUGGAACUCGCCUCUGUCGCUCUAUCAAAAGCAAUGGCAAGCGCCACCGCCGCUGCCACGGACACGGACACAGACACCGGUACCAAAACUACCGUCCCAGGCCAACAAAUAAUCCUGGACGCGCGCCGGCGCUAUUACGAAGCCAUUGGCCUCGCCCAUGACCAAUAUUCCAUCUUUCUUAACUCUGCCUCCGACACCACCUCCACCUCCAUCUCCACCUCUAUUUCCAGCUCCGUAAAGCCCUCAGAAACAAGAACCCCAGCACUAACCAGUAAGCCAAUUCUCGAACAAGCCAGUUCGGAGUUCAGCAGCGUUUCCUCGUUGGCAUCUGCAAGCUUAGACGCAGUGUUAUACUCCAUCCGCUUUGUCUCGGCCAGCGUCGACCCUGUCUCUGCCAGCAGUGUUAUCGCAGAUGCCUCGUCAAGGUUCCAGGAUGCGCUCUCCUCUGCAAGCGCGUUGCUUGCGUCGGCAUCGUCGGCUGCCAGCAGUACCCCGACGAGUGCGACAAAGGAUGAGUUGUAG